AUGGAGAAGUCAGAAUACGGAACCGCCGACAAGGCCGUUCAGGAGAACUCCUCCAUGGAGCAGAUCCAGCAGCAACCCUCCGUUACCUCAGGGGAGUCUUGGUACCCUGUCCUCGAGCCCGGUUCGGCCAUACAGAUCGUCAUCGCUGCCGCCAUCGCGGUUGCUAUCGGUUUGGGUGUGAAGACCGCCCACCCGGAUAUUCCUGAUGCGGCGACGACUAUCCUCAUAAUCCCCGGUGACCUCUGGCUGCGAUCCCUCAAGGCUAUCGUCUUGACCCUCAUCGUCACGGCCAUGAUUCUCGCCGUCCCGGAGCUCAAAGAAAUAUCUAACAGCGGCGCCAAGCUCGCCAAAUGGACCAUUGGCUACUAUGUUGGCACCACCAUCGUGGCCAUUGUUGAUUCCAUCAUCAUGACAUCCCAAGUCUGGAAGGAUUUGCUUUCUGUCCUGGGAUCUCCGCUUGAAGAGGUCGGCUAG